AUGGAUCUAAAUGAAACCUAUCUAGACGGUGCACAUGAAAGUGGAAGUCGGUCUGCAUCGAAUAUUGAUGAAGACAAAUCUCGGAAGUUAUCUAUAAAUAAUAGGACAACCGCUUCUGUUCCUACGACAUCAUUAUCUCUAAACCAAACAAUUUUUCAGACAUCCAUAUCUCCAUCCAAUUCGACUAUUUUCAAUCCAAUUGCAACACGACAAUAUGAAGGACCAAACAUUACCAUGGAUUCCACGAACGUUUCUUAUAUUGGUUCUAUGAAAUCAUUUUCCAAUUUAAGACAUUCAUCUACACAGCGACCAGAUAGCCAAUUUCUUGACGAACCUACGAGAGAGGAUGGUAUUGAAGAUGACGUGCUCGGCGGUUUAAACAACGAAGCUUUUGAUGAAGAAAGUUUGAGAGAUAAGUUAAGUGAAAGUAUCUACUCUUAUGAUGGUACACCAACAAUUAGAACAAGACUUCGAUCACUCGUUAGUAAUGAAAUUCCAAGUAUAUUCAAGGAAAACGACUUAGAAUCAAUGCAGCUUGGCAGAAAUAGCGAUUUAAAAUCAUAUGACAAGAAUUUCUUUAUAUUUACAUCUGCAGGGAAGCCAAUAUAUUCCAUGGAUGGUGACGAUCAACAACUUACAUCAUGUAUGGGUAUUAUACAUACUAUAAUGAAUUACUUUCAACUUGCCACAUUUUCUGAUAUUAAAAGUAUUAGUUCGAUGGUAUCAGGUCAACGCGUUACAUUCCUUGACCGAUCUCCAAUUAUUUUAGUAGGAUAUUCCACAAGAGGUGAAACUCAUCAUGAGUUGAUUAAGCAACUAGAUGUAUUACAUUCGUAUAUCUUAUCAUCUUUAAGUGAAAGACAAUUGUCAAGAUUAUUUGCGAAAAGAGAUAAUUUUGAUUUAAGGAACUUCUUGGAAGUUACAGAUUUCGAAAAUUUGGACGAAAUUUGCCAUUUACUAUCAGAUAGAUUAUAUCCCGAUCUGCCAUUUAAUGCUCUCCAAUGUUUACCCAUGAGUUAUUCCACGAGAACAAAAAUUCAUGAGACGAUGUUAGCUGAAUUGUCAAUCAAUAAAACAAAAACGGAUGGUAAGGAAUUGCUUCCGAGAGGGACUUUAUUGUAUGGACUAAUCAUAUCACCUAAUAACAAAUUAUGCUCAAUAAUGAGGCCUAAAGGUCAUACUUUGCAUACAACCGAUUUACAACUUUUGUUUUCGUUGAUUUGGAAUCAAUUUCAAAAUGUUAACGAAACCCAGGAAAUGUGGGCACCUGUAUGCUUCCCAAAAUUUAACCCCAAUGGGUUCUUAUAUUGUUACAUUAAGUUUCUAAAAUCUGAACCGAUUGACAAGAAAAUAACGUCGAGAUGUAGAAAACCAGCAUUAGUUCUAAUAAGUGCUCAAAAGGAUGCAUUUUUCCCUUUAAAACAAUUUAGUAAUAACUUAAUUGACGUAUUACGAAGGAAAGGAGAUAAAUCAUUAUUAAGAGAGAUUUGUACCCCUGGAGGGUUUACCAUUAGUGAAGUUGGAGCACCAUUAAUCCACCAUUUCAUUUAUAAAUCAAAGAAACAUGUACAAUAUACGAUGCCGGAGUUAAAUAUCAAUUUUGAAAUACCUGACUUAGAAACAGAAUUACUAAAGUAUGAGAAAAAAAUGAAAAAUUAUUAUCAAGAAUUGCAUAAUUCCAUCUUCGAUAAUGAUGGAAAUUCUUUUAAUGCAUCUAUUUUGAAUUUUGUUAAUUGGUAUGAUACGAGCUUGGAGGAUGCUGAAUUUGAUGGUUUUUUGAAAAAGGAACCCGUCAAAGUCAUGGGUUUAGCCUGGUUGACACCAAAAUUUGAGCUUUAUUUAGUUUGUAAUAACGGCGUAAGUGAUAAAGAGAAAAUUCUAAAAAGUGCGAAAAAAAUAGUUUCAUGGUGCAAGAGACAUCAAUCCAGGUUGUUUAUACAGGAUGGGGCUGUUUUUUGA